AUGGAGUACGGAUACCUCAGCGGCGCUGGCGGCGGAUUCGAUAGCGGAUGCUUAGGCUCGGGCGGUGGCGAGCUGUCGUGGGGAGAGUUGGCUUCGUGCGGCCAGAUGUCCCAAGCGGCGUACCGCUACCAGGGCAUGCGCUACCAGCCGCCGCCACCUCAGUGUGCCCGGCCUCAGGAUGCCGCUAUGAGAAACCAUCAUAUUUUCCCGCCGGCUAUGAACUUGCAACGUAAG